AUGGAAAAUAAAGAAAGAUACAGCUCAUUAAAUGAGGAAACAUUUUAUAAAUAUAAAAAUAAAAGAGUAAUAAAAACUAUAGACGAUAUUGAUGAGUUCAUAAAUAAAUACCCUCGUACAAAUAAAGAGCUGAAUACCUAUAUUAUUAAAAAGGAGAAAGGGAAUGAUGUGUCACUUUUAAAAUGUUUUAUAUUUUAUAUAUUUACUCAAAUAACUAGUAUAUUGGCUGUAUGUUUAGUUAUAUUUUGUAUCGGUUUUUUAAUAGGGAAUCACAUAUCAUCUAAAUCAUCCAUAAUAAAUUCCAUAAAUUAUAAUUAUUAUUUAUCGAGUGAUAAAAGUGCUGAAUUAUAUGUAGAUAAUUAUGAGGGUAAUAAUAUGUUAACAUUAGAUAUAAUGAUAAAUUUUAAUUUUGAUUAUAAUAAUAUAUUUUUAGGUACAUUAAUUAGUAAUAUAUUAUUAUAUUAUUAUCCAUCUAAUAAUAUAGGAUUAAAUAGUAGUGAUAUUUGUUAUAAUUCUAAUAAUUUUAAUGAUGAUAAUAAUUUGUUUAUAAAAGAAUAUAAUAAAAGGAAAAAUGAUGGAAUGGAUUCUUUUUCUAAUUAUAAUAUUAAUAAAGAAUUAUUCAACUUAUUUAUAAAAGAAGAAUCUCUUAUUUUUUUAAAUUAUUCAAUAAAAACAGAUAAUAAUAUUAAAAUCACAUUUAUAAAUAAUACAUUAUAUGAUGAUUUAAUCAAAUAUCCAAUUGGUGGUUCAGAUAUUUCAAUAUCACCUGGUAUUAUGCAAGGUAUAAAUUCAAUUAAUGUAUUAAUAAGUAUUAAUCAUAGUAUACAAGAUAAACAUAUUUUACAAAAUUUAAUAAAUGAUUGUAAAAAUCAAAGAAUUUAUAUACAACUACAAUUUGGUAAUAUACAAAUUAAAACGAUCCUCUUCAGAUUCCAACCACAAAUGGGUUCUUUUCUACCUUUCUAUAUUCCUUGUAAAAUAAAAAAUAAAAGGAAAACAGACAAAAAUGAAUUUAGAUUGAAUGUUAUAAAAAAUUAUAAAGUUCAAAAAUCGGCAAUAAAAAAUAUCAACUUUUUUAUAAAUUAA